AUGCUGGUCACGUCGGAUCGACGAAAAACAUUUUUUCAACUGCUCAACAUCAUCGAUUUGAUGGCAAUCGUGCCGUUUAUCAUCGAAAUGCUGCUGUUUUUGUUCGGUGUGAGCACGGAACAGCUUAGAGAUCUCAAGGGCGCAUUUUUGGUCAUUCGAAUUCUGCGGGUUUUGCGGGUUAUUCGAGUUUUAAAACUCGGACGAUACAGCAGUGGUCUACAAAUGUUUGGAAAAACGCUCAAGUAUAUUGUUUCUUGUUUUAUGUGUAUCGUCACGAUGACAACAGUCGGUUAUGGAGAUCUCACGCCAGUUACUGUUGCCGGUAAAUUGGUGGCGACGGGUGCUAUAGCCUGUGGAGUGCUCGUGCUGGCUCUUCCCAUCACUAUUAUUGUGGACAACUUUAUGAAGGUCGCUGAAGGCGAACGAGGACAGUUGCAAGGAGGAGGGGGGCGGCGAUUUGGCCAUCGGCCACAAGCAGAUCCGGUUCCAUUGCCAUCGAUGAACAAUCUAACCAGCAAUUCAAGUAUGAAGAAACCGAAUACGGAAGAUACGAUCUGCUAA